AUGCGUCUCUCCUACGCCGUCUCUCUCUUGCCUCUGGCUGCUUCCGUUGGAGCUCUUCAGGUCACUUCCCCCAAGAAGGGUGAGGAGGUUGACCUCUCCAAAUCUUUCACCGUGAAGUGGGAUUCCGUCGAUACCGACCCCUCUUCUUUCGAUCUCUACAUUGUCAACAACGCCGUCUACCCCAGCGUUGAGCAGAAGAUCGCCUCCGACGUUGAAGCCUCCAAGGGCUCCUACGAUGUCUCUGGCCUGUCUGACCUGACCAACGGCAAGGGCUACCAGAUCAACUUCCUCUCCAACUCUGCCCAGAACAGCGGUAUCCUCGCUCAGUCCCAGCAGUUCAACGUUGAGGGCUCUUCUGAGUCCACCUCGACCACCACCGCCAGCGAGUCCAAGGCCACCACCUCCGCUACUGGCACUUCCACCGCUACUACUGGUACUGCCUCCUCCACUAAGACCUCUUCCACUGAGACCACUGAGACUGCCUCCUCCACUGGCCUCACUACCAUUACCUCCACCGGCACCCAGACUUCGACCGGUGUGAGCACUAACACUCUGUCGACGGCAGUUUCCUCCUCCGCCCGUGCCUCUGCUUCGGCCAGCGGUUCCACCAACAGCACCUCCUCCGGCAGCACCCCCGUUGCCACCGGUGCCGGUGUCUCUAUCGCCGCGCCCGUUUCCGCCGCCGCCGGCCUCCUGAUGGGUGUCUUGGCCCUCAACCUGUAA